CGGCUCGGACCGCUACGUUAGCAUCUCACCGAGGUAUCGGUUCGCUGGGAACCCCUGCCGGACUGCGGCUACGGCCCCCUGUAUUUGUUUUUGUGGUCGUGCGAGCCGCCUCGGGUGUGUGUGACGCGCAACAUGUGCUGAUGUCCGCGGCCGAGCUCUUGAUGGCUCCUCAAGGAGGCGGCGGCGACCGGUCAUCGGAGAGCAGUAGCAACGGCAGCCAGGCUUCUCUCAAGCGAAGCUCCAGCGGAGGAGCUCGGGAAAUCAACGGCGUCAGCCGUCGCUCCUCUCCUUCCGCGGCGCCGUCUCCCGAUGGGGCCGCUGCGGUCGUCGUCGCCGUCGGCGAUGGAGGCGCCCCUAACGGCGGCGAAAACGGCUGCGGCAUCGCGCUACCCGCCGACGCCGCGAUGGCGGCCGCUGCCCCGCGCCGCAUCGCUGCCUCCGCCGCUGAGUUGCAGCAGCCUCCUCAGCCAACGUCAGCGGCAGCCACACCGACGGAAGAGCCGGCGCCCGUCUGCCCCGCACCGGCGGCCGAGGCGUCGGACCGGCUGCGUCCGAGGCCGGCAGCCGCGCCACCUUCCACAACACCAGCAGUCAACACAAUGGCAGCCACGGUGGUGACGUCAGCCGAGCCGGACGCCGCGUCCAACGCUGAAUCGACCGGCCAGCGGACUCGCCGUCGUAAGAAGAGGAAACCUGAGGGCUCACCAACUCUUCAGGUGUCGCUGCAUAACAACCGGCAUGAAGCUGUCAGGUGCCCAUCCCCAUCAAGCCCAAGCCAAAGCCCGCAGAUGGGUGCUCGGUCCCCAUGUUUUGAUGUGGAACGCACGCCGACCUCUGCUGCUACUGUGCCAUCUCCUGAUGCUUCUUCAGAGAAUGCGAUUGCAGUGGGCGACAGCCAAGGAUCUCUGGACCGAGCAUCGGACUCAUCCCGGUCGUCACAGCCACUGGCGCCUCCCUCUCUGCUUGGCUGUCCAUCCGAAAUUGGGACAUCACCACGGCCCAGUCCUGAAGGGACGCGUGAUCCCCUGUCCCGAAGCCUUGAAAAAUCUACAGACAGUAAAGGAAGCAACAAGAUGCUUGAGAAGAAAAAGAAGACAUCGUCCUGGUACAAUAUGCUGAAUCCAACAUACAAGUCGCGCAGUGAAGACUUCAAACGGCUCUUCAAGGACUUGCCCGAGACAGAGCGACUCAUUGUUGACUACUCGUGCGCCCUGCAGAGAGACAUCCUUGUGCACGGGCGCCUCUAUGUGACGCAGAACUUCAUCUGCUUUUACGCCAACAUAUUCCGCUGGGAGACAAAUGUGGUGAUCCGGUGCAAAGACGUCACCAGCAUGACCAAGGAGAAGACUGCCCGAGUGAUUCCCAAUGCGGUUCAGGUAUGCACGGACCACGAGAAGCACUUCUUCACGUCAUUUGGCGCACGGGACAAGACAUACCUUAUGCUGUUCCGGAUCUGGCAGAAUGCACUGAUGGAGCAGCCCAUGUCAACACAGGAACUGUGGCAGUGGGUCCACUACAGUUACGGAGAUGAGCUGGGGCUGACGAGUGACGACGACGACUACGUCGCACCGCCAUAUCUGGAGGACGAGGCACGCCGAGGACGGCUUGCCGCUGCCCUCAAGGCAGGUCCUCAGCCACCUAGCCCCUUCGAGGAACUUCCCAAUGAGGAAGACGAUGAAGAUGAAGAAGCCUCAGGGCCUGAAAUGUUUGCAAGCGCCCGCGAGGCUCAGCACUCUGAGAUGCCAACGGACGUGAGUGACUCGAGUGACACGGCCGAGCCACCUGAGUGCCCAUCGACGCACGAAGGCAGGCAGAUCCUGAACCUGACGCUGCCGAUGUCUGUGGACCAGCUGUUCACGCUUUUGUUCACGGGGUCACGCUUCUUCCACGACCUGCUGACUUCACGCAAGACGUACGAUGUCACUGAGAGCAACUGGCAGCCCUGCCCCGAGACGGGAAACAAGCUUCGCCAGCUCACCUACACAGUCACCCUCAACCAUGCCAUGGCCAAGGCUGCGCAGACAACUGAGACGCAGAUUCUGCACAAGGCAAGCCGGCCGGGCCAUGUCUACGCCAUUGACUGCGACGUGCAGAGCACAGGCGUGCCAUACUGUGAUGCCUUCUGUGUCAAAUCGCACUACUGCCUGGCUCGGCUGUCCGACAACCGUUCCCGCCUGUGCAUAUACGGUUGCGUCCGCUACAAGAAGUCCGUCUGGGGGCUUGUUAAAGCUGUGAUAGAGAAGAAUACCCUUCAAGGUCUGGAAGGCUUCUGCAAUGAUCUCGAGUCGGCGCUGCUGCGGGAAGCUGAACGACUUCAGCCGUCCGGUGGUAAGCUAAAGCAACGGCGGCGGCGUCUUCUUCAGGGUACCAACCGUAGCAACAGCAACCGUGAUCGCUCCAGCAGCUCCCAGGCCGGAUUUGGUUCCUCCUUUGGACUUGCCAGGGUCUCUGAAGGUCGCCGCCUGGCGACUAGCACGGCUGUCAAGCUUCUUCUCGUACUGGUGAGCCUGGUGCUACUGAUGAACGUAGCGUUACUCUACUGGUUGUGGACAUCAGCUGCUGCACCCGAUCAACCACCCGCGCUCGACGUGUGGGUGCUCGAGCCACCUCCGCAGAAUGCUCAAGAGUGGGUGCGCCUGAUGUCUCAGAGGGAGGCAUUCCAUCGUCAGCGCCUUGACCUGUGGCAACGUGCCCUGCAUGACCUACGGCACCAGCUGCAUACGAUGGAGUCUUCGUUGCAGCGGCUGCAGGAUAGCCUGCGGGUGGUCCCACUUACAAACAGCAGUGUGCCGUUGCCCACUGCGCCUUCUACUUCGUCCGGUGACUUAUGACGCGCCGUCUAGUCCACGAAGGCAAAGGGGAGGCAUCUCUCGUCCUCCUCUCCUGCCUUUGAAGCAGCAGCUUGCCUGCACCCGAGAAUGUGUGUGUGUGUGUGCGCACGGCCACGUGUGAUAGAGAGCAGGGGGACGCUCCCUGCUGUGCAGGGUCGCACCCCCGACUAGGUUGUGCCCUCCUAGUCUCUCUCUGCUGGCACCAACCUGUCCUGCCCGGAAGCUGCGUCGAGGUGCAGACUGUGCCGCAGAGACAUCUACGAAAGCAAGCAGCACAAAAUAUACAGGACUGCGUUUAAAAUUGAGAGACGCGCAAGCAUCCCGGCUAGUAACUGAGCGCAUUAUAUAAUGGCAGUGGGCAUCGUAUAUCUUUCGAGUGCCAGCACAUGCUUGAUCAAUUUACGAUAGCGAAUCAGCCACAAGAUGCACGUACCAAGGUGUCUAAAGGCUAAGGUAUUCAUGCGAAAGUGCAUCUGCGGCAGUGUUGCUCCGGUCGCUUCUUAAUUAAGAACGGAAUGGAUUGCCUUUCUUUUUGUUCAGGUCAAGCCCGUUAUCGUAUUUAUUGUGGCAAAUGAGUCCAGUUACUAGACGUGACCCAUGUGUGUCAAUUCUUCAUAGUCCUGUUUUGUGCCGUUUCCUUUGUCAAGACAUCUGGAUACGCUAGCGCGCCAGCCCCACCACAAACGCAGCUUUGGCCUCCUGGGCAGUCGUCCUCGUCAGCAGAGUUAGCAGCGGCAGUGGCCACGCCCCUUGAGGGGCAACGUGCCUGGCAGCUGGUCUGACGGGCACCAUUCCCUAUUGAAUGAGGGAGUGGCCCUCCUUCCUCAGUUCCCACCAAUCUGUCUCGGCAUGUCGUGCCCGAUACGUGCACGACGCACCAAGGCGCUGCAGAGUAUUUUGUUGUUUCGCUCUUGUUGCCUAAAUUUAUGAGGUGUAGUUUUGACAUCGUUGGUUGGAUUUUUGCGUGUUUCAAAGUAUGUCUGCCUGGCAUAGCUUACCAAGCCAAAGCCUGUCGUGUCACUUUCUCCCCCCAACACACACACGAUCAUAGACCUGUAAUUUAAGGGCAAUAAAAUAUUUUUCUUC